GAUGGCGGCGGCGGCCGGGCGGGGUUGAGGCGCUCCCGCCGCCCUCAGGUACCGGCCGGGCCCGGGGCUCCCCCCCGAGCCUUCCCCGCAGCCCCCCCGCCAUGCGGCCCGGCCCCGCCGCCGCUCCCCGGUGAUCCGGGCGCCGCCCGCCGCCCCGCCAUGCUGCGGCGGUUGCUGGAGCGGCCUUGCAGCCUGGCCCUGUUGGUGGGCUGCCAGUUCGCUUUCGUCGCUUAUUUCUCCUUGGGGGGGUUCCGGAACCUCACCUCCCUCUUCGGCCGCGCCGCCGGCCCCGUCUUCGAUUACACCCGCACCCACGACGUCUACGCCAACCUCAGCCGGCUCCUGCCCCGCCGGGCCGCCCGCCCCGACCCCGCGCAGCCCCUCCCCUUCUGCCCCGAGAGGUCGCCCUUCCUCGUCGGCCCGCUGACGGUGAGCUUCAGCCGGGUGCCCACGCUGGAGCAGAUCCAGGCGAAGAACCCGGCGGUGGAGGAGGGCGGCCGGUACCAACCCUCCACCUGCGAAGCCCGGUCCCGCACCGCCGUCAUCAUCCCCCACCGCAACCGCGAGACCCACCUGGGCCACCUCCUCUACUACCUGCACCCCUUCCUGCAGCGCCAGCAGCUGCAGUACGGCAUCUACGUCGUGCACCAGGCCGGCAACUCCACCUUCAACCGGGCCAAGCUGCUGAACGUGGGGGUGAAGGAGGCGCUGAAGGACGAGGAGUGGGACUGUCUCUUCCUCCACGACGUCGACCUCAUCCCCGAGAACGACCACAACCUCUACACCUGCGACCCCUGGAACCCCAAACACGUCUCCAUCGCCAUGAAUAAAUUCGGAUACAGCCUGCCCUACCCCCAGUACUUCGGGGGGGUCUCAGCUCUCACCCCCGACCAGUAUAUGAAGAUCAAUGGUUUCCCCAACGAGUACUGGGGCUGGGGCGGCGAGGACGAUGACAUCGCCACCAGGGUGCGCCUGGCCGGCAUGAAGAUCACCCGCCCGCCCGUCUCCAUCGGCCACUACAAGAUGGUGAAACACAAGAGCGACAAAGGCAACGAGGAGAACCCCCACAGGUUCGACCUGCUGAUCCGCACGCAGCGGAUGUGGACGCAGGACGGGAUGAACUCCCUCACGUACACGCUGUUGGCCAAGCACCUCCACCCGCUCUACACCAACCUCACGGUGGACAUCGGUACGGACCCUCGAGCCGGCCGGGGCCGCCGGGGGCCGGUGCCGGGCCACGAGGGCCAGAGGUACCGCAGCAGCAGCAGCCUCUUCCGAGAGGAGAUGCUGCGCAAGCUGCCCCGGGACGCUGCGGGGUGGGGGGAGCAGGGGCUGGCCCUGUCCCCCCGGUUGCCCACGGCCGCUGGGCAGCAGCCGCAGGCGGGUAACGGCACCCGGGGCGCCACCGGCUCCCCGCCGGCACCGGGGAUCACCCAACGCAGCCCCGAGGCUGCCGGGGCCGGCGAUGCCCACCCAGGGAGCAGCGUCAGCGUGGCUGUGGCACAGGAGAUGGGUGCCCUGCCUGCCCGUGGGGACAACCAGAGCCUGCCACAGGGUGGCCACUAGCCGGUGGCCGCUGCGGCCCCGGCAUGGACUGUGCUUACCAGAACCCAGCACUGGGAGCCGCAGCCGGGCUGGUCACUCUGUGGCCUCGCUGGAGAGACUGGGGGGAGCAGCAAGCCCUGGGGGCUACCGCAGGGGAGCUGCUAGCCGCGGGGCCGGUGCCUGUUUUUGGGGGGCACCCCCG